AUGCCUCGCUUUUGACCGUUGGCAUCGCGCAUUCUUUUGCGCAUUCACUCGCUCGCAUCCAUAUCGACACUCGUUUUGUUAUCUACUAAGUAAUUGAUCAGUAACUAUCUCUAAUAAUGUCUACCUCGCAACCUCAUGUCGCCCCACCCGCAACCGGGGCACCAACCACGUCUUCGAAUACACAGGAUUCCAUACCCCAGACCCCAGCAAUACCAUCGGAAUCAGUUACCAGACCGAGUGCGAACACCAACACAAAUGUGAACCAAGACACGCCGAUCACCGCUGCGGGUGCUCCCUCACCCGGUCCAAAUACGACGCCUACUGUAGCCCCACAAGCGACCACAGCCGAUGAGCAACUCUCAUUGAAUGACAAGCUUAAUGCUGGUGACCGAUACUGGAAGUUCAAGUUUGCCAUUAUGGCCGUUAUCAUCAUAGUUGGCUUGAUCGGCAUUGGCUGUUUUGCUUGGCUCAUGACCACGCACACCGGGGGCUCUAAUUACUACAUCCUCGAUGAGUACUGGGCUCUUUGGCCCAGUCUGAUCUCUUGGUCCAUAUCCAUCGCCUGGUGCCUCAUCUGCAUCAUUGUCUUUGUCGUGCGGAAACGCACUGUGCAUCCCGGUUUGCGCGUGUCGAUGGAACUACUCUUAUGGCUGGCCUUUAUCGUCACUGCUCUUUUUGCACUGUUGUCUCUCCGAAACAUAAUGGAUUACGGCAUGUAUGGCGGCCCUGAUGAAUGGGGAUACGACUACUCUAGCUCCAGCUCUAAUGGAGAUUACGUCUUAGCGGCCAACAACACCUGGGUCUGGCAGGAGGACACGAGCUACAUCACCAGUCCCCGCGACUGCACCAGCCGCUACAGUGUCUUCUCCGAGAUGAACUUCAAGGAUUGCGCCGAGCAAGAUGCGUUUGUCAACAAGCUUUGGGCCGAGAAACCGCAACGCUCCAGAGUCAACCUCACGGGUGUCGUAUGCCAGUUCUUCUCCUUAGUCCUACACUUUGUCCUCUUCGUCUGGGCCUGCGUCGACACCCACCGGCGCAAUCGUACAAAAGUUAGCAAGGAUGCUGAGAAACUCGCUGCUGGCAUCGUACAGACUAUGAUUGGCAAUGGUGCUAUCAUUCCUCCACCAGGACAAGCACACAUGCAGGCAGGCAUGGGGCAGAGGAUGUAUUAUCAGGCUCCUCCCCAGGGUUAUCCCGUUCAGCACAUGCAUAUGCAGCAGGCGCCGGGACAGCAACAGCAAUUCGCAAUGCCACAGCAGAUGGGUCAGCAGCAGUAUAUGGUGCCAAUGCAGUACCAUCCAGGACAGCAAGGUGUCGGUGUCGCCGGGCCGAGCAAUGAAAAGGGAGCUGGACCGCGGUAUGCGUGAGGGACAAGUUGAGUGUGGAGGAUACCCUACUGAAAAUGAGGAUACCUAGUCUGAGUAAUUGUGUAGUCGAGAUACCCCCCCAGCAAUAUAUAUUUAGUGACAUUUAUCACGCUUCCUCUUUUCGAUCUUGUUUCGUCGUAUGGUUCCACAUGAGAUAAAAUACCGAGUGAAUGAGAGAAA